AUGGAGGAUUAUUACGAUUAUUCUACGGAUGAAGAUUUAGGAGAAAGUUUUAGCACCAACCAAGAUGAACCGUUAUUCGUUCAUGAUUAUCUGGCUGCUAUGAAGGCAAGAGAUGUGGAAGAAAAUAAACAAUCGCCUUGUGUUCUUAUUGAUAAUUUUAAAGGAGAAAUUAGACGCUGUAAUUCAACACAUCAGCUGAGAUCAAUAUCUCAAUUAGUAGGAACUUGGGAAAAUCAAAAGAAAGAAGUAUUAUGGCAUAUGAUGAAAUUAUUAGAAAAUCCCGAAUCAAAUACGCCAUUCUCUAAAGAUACAAUGGAUUGUUUACCUAGUCCUCUACUUGUAAAAAUUGCUAUGAAAAUUAAAUUAUUUAAAAAUUAUCUACCUACGGAUAAAAAGUAUAUAAAAGAAGAUGAAUAUAGGCAACAUGGAGAAGCAUUAGGAAACUUCAUAUGUAACUCACGUAAAGAUAUUGAACAACAUCGUAAUAAAGGUCUAGGAAAAUAUGAAGACGUCUGA